CUCACAAUUUUCACUCUUUCCAUUCUCUCACACCAGGUUGCACGACCCCAAGCCCAAAGAACCCAAUACUCAGAACUAUUGUCGUGUAUAAAGUGAAAACAACCUCCAAAAUAGGCGACGGAAAACUGAUUUUCAAAACACAACAAAACCUUCUUGUAGAAUUUUUUUCUUUCACCAAAGAAGAAAGGGGCUAUCUUCACAAUAGAUCUGAUUUCGUCCACGUGUAGUGCUCAAUAAUUCUCUACUUUUCUUUUACUAACCCAACGACUACAAGACAAAAUGUGUGAGCCGCUGGAUUUCGAGCGACGUGAGAUCUUUAACACGUUCGCAAAUGACACGAACCGCAUUCCCCAGGAGGCCAUCGACGGCGAUGGGUGGGAUCGCGUGGCGGCCGAGUUGGACUCGUUCGAGACCAAGUUUUGGGAGAAGAACCAGGCGGGGACGGGCACAAGGCUUACCAUGGACCCGGCGGCCGAGUUCCUCGCCGAAAACGCGGUAGACGAAGUCCCGGACGAGGUCCACCACGACAAUGAGGGUCCGACAACCACGAAAACCAAAAAGAACAAAUCCGGACAACCCGGAAUGACUCCCGCACUGAACCCCGCCCAGAUCGCGCGGUCGAUGCAGCCAACCUUGGCUGCCAUCCGGAAGGACGCGAAGCGGCAGGCGCAGGAGUCGCGUCUACUGGAAGCGGACGCGGAGCGGGCGCAUUUGGCGAAGCGCGUCAAGAUCAACAACAUGACGGAUCAGGAUUCCGUGCUGCGGGAAACGAAAUUAAAUACCUAUUUCUGCCGGUUUUGCGGUGAGUGGGUGUUGAUUACCGACGCGGGGCGGCUGACCCGGCUUCCGCGCCGGCGGACGGACGGCGCCAUGGUGAUCCAGGAGACGAAAUUUAUUUCCCGGUUGAACGUGACGGGGGCGAAGCGGAAGACGAUUAUCAAGCGGGACGGGAGCACUAUGCAGACCAUGAAGGACGGGGCGAAGAAGGAAACUUCUUUGGAGGCUCUGUGCGAGGCGCAGUACCGGUUUCAGUGCAAGUGCUGCGGGUCGUUAGUCGGGUACCGCAGCGAACCGCUGGGCGAGACCGCGCCGGCGACCUACAUUGUAGGCCCUAAAAAAUCCAUCUCUACGCCCAUCUUUUCAAAAUUUGCUCUAUCGGUUUGCCGCCAUUUCGUUGCAUUCUAAUACAUAAAGCCUCUCGAGCAGCUCGACCGCAGAUCCUGGCUGGCCAUAUUGCCUGACAGAUUUUCCGGGUCUUGUUUUUCUUUUUGCAGCUUGGUGGAGGAGUGUGGUAGGAGUUGUGAGGCCAACUUGUCAUGCACAGCUCCACGACAUGCAGAAACAAGAACAAAACCGGGAGAAUGCAUUCACUCGGCCGAGAAAGAAGUUGACAAGAUGCAGCCACGCAAAGUGCUCAUCUUUUCAACUUUGAAAGCUAUCAAAUUUUGAAAAGAUGCUCCUCUGCAUCUUUUCAAAUUUUGAUAAGUGGCUGCUCACUUUCCAAAUUUUGAAAAGAUGCUGAAGGAACAUCUUUUCAAAAUUUGACAACCGGAACAACGCAAUGAAAAGAUGCUUCUUCAGCAUCUUUUCGAAUCUUGGCAACCUCAGGACAGAAAACGGAUCCGCUCUUCUGCGGCUUCGAAGAUUGAAAGAGCCGUGUCCACAUUUGAAAAGGUUGCGCCAUGAAGCACGAGCCACCUCGUCAGGGGUUGGUCGCUCUUCAGGUCUCCCGGAUCUCUCGACCCCUUUGGCUUCUCGGACAGCUGUGGUCUGUGCGCGCCUCCCUAUUCUACCUAGACCUCCCAUUCCACUUGGCUUUUCCGGGUUUCCCAGCCUACGCCGCCUGUCCUCAUUUUACUGGGUGCGCGCCAAGUCCUGAACCGCCAGGGGUUUGGGAAGCUGCGCAGAAGAUGCGGCGGGCGUUGUUUCCGAAUCAGGCCCAAGCCAGGCCGGGGCUGAUAAGAGGGGAGGCGCAGCCUUUCGCUCGGCUGCGCCAGCCUUGUCGGGGGUGAAUUGGCUGGGGGCAUUUUCCGCGUGUGUCGCUAUUGCCGGGCGCCUUUCCUUACCUGCGCAAGCAGAGGCGCGCUCAGGGUCCAUGGCCUCAUAUGAUUGGGAGGCUCGUUUGGGUGGCUUUUCUCUUUGGGGUGUUUGGCUUGCGUUUCUGCCCCGGGCCUCGGGGCAGAAAUAGGGCAGCCCGGCUUGACGCGUUUGCAAAGGCAGACACGCAGCCACCAUCGAAGAGGCGCUAAGCGAGAAUCGGCGAGGGCGCCGAGCAAUCAACUGGCCAAAAUUUGAAAAGAUGGGCGAAAAGGUGGAAACUUUAGGGCCUUCAUACAUCUACCAGGAUACCCUUGUGGACAAACAGACGUCGGCCUUGAAAUUCGUCAACAACGUCACGACGUUUUGAAAAUAGAGGACGCUUCAUCAUUGUCAUUUUCACGCAGCGAACCGCUGGGCGAGGCCGCGCCGGCGACCUACAUCUACCAGGACACUUUAGUGGAUAAGCAGACCUCGGCGUUGAAAUUCGUCAACAAUGUCACGACGUUUUAACAGAGGACGCUUCAUCGUGUUUGUGGUGAAGUGGAGUUCGAUGACUUGUUUUGGAAAACGAAGAAAACAACGAUCAGAAACAACAGAAGUUUGUGUCAAGCUACUUAGGAGCGUGGACGAUGAUGCGGCGGAGUAAGUUGCUUUGUGACACAAGAGCAGAAAUUUAACCCCAAGCGACAAUCAUGUGAUGAAGGAGUUGUACUUCUUUUUCGAAGUAUCUUUUAACUUUCUUCACUAGUAUCAACAUCUCUGUAGGACGAGUAGCUCGAGGAAACAUCAAGCAGGAUCUUUUUCAUGGGUUUACAGCGUGCUAGAAUUUGAUUCUCCAGCAAUAUCAGUAUUCGCCAGGCUGUGAAUACUUCGAAAGUAAGUGUAAAGACUCUACUAUGGGAAAAAUUUUGUCCGCUUUUGACAUCCUCGACGUCUACCAAGACCAAAAACGAGAAGUAGCCCCUCGAAAGAAACAAAGGCC